AUGCUCGCAUUCGUUUUGGUCUCUGGGUCGCUCUGGAUCAUAUUAGAGCUAAGUUCCACCCUGAUGGAGAAGAUGCAGGCCCAGGAGAUGAUGAGCGGCCUGAGGAUACCGGAGAUGGACGAGCUCGGACAGUUCUUCCGCUCUCUGCCCACGUCCACGCUGGUGGGGAUCGGCGCCCUGACCGCCGUGCUGGCCUACUGGCUCGCCACCCGGCCCCGUCCCAUCAAGCCUCCCUGCAGCCUGCUGCACCAGUCGGAGGAAGUACCGCAUGAAGAUGGAGGCCGAAGAUCCAUGAUGGGGGACCCCUCCAAACUGCUGACCCAUUACCACGAUGACGCCAGAACCAUGUAUGAGGUGUUCCAGCGAGGCCUUCACAUAUCUGGUGACGGGCCUUGCUUAGGUUCUCGGCUCCCUAACCAGCCCUACAAAUGGUUGUCCUAUAAAGAGGUGACAGCCCGGGCCGAGCACCUGGGCUCAGGGCUCCUGCACCAGGGCUGCCAGCCCAACCCAGACCAGUUCAUCGGCGUGUUUGCUCAGAACAGGCCUGAGUGGAUCAUCUCAGAGUUGGCCUGCUACACCUACUCCAUGGUGGUGGUUCCCCUUUACGACACGCUAGGCGCCGACGCCAUACGGUUCAUCAUUAAUACUGCUGACAUUUCCACGGUCAUCUGCGACAAGGUGGAGAAAGCUCAGGUGCUGCUGGAAAACGUGGAGCGAAAAGAGACUCCCCGCCUCCAAAGAAUCCUCCUCAUGGACGCCUUCGACUCUGCCCUGGUGGAGCACGGCAAGGCCUGCGGCGUCCACGUGCAGGCCGUUCAGGAAGUUGAGGCUCUGGGGAGAGAGCACCACAGAAAACCCGUUCCACCGGCCCCGGAGGACCUGUCCAUCGUGUGCUUCACCAGUGGCACCACAGGAAAUCCAAAGGGAGUCAUGCUCACGCAUGGAAACGUUGUGGCAGAUUUCUCAGGCUUUCUCAAAGUGACAGAUAAAGUCAUUUUUCCCAACCAAGAUGAUUGCCUCAUAUCCUUCCUGCCCCUGGCUCACAUGUUCGAGAGACUCAUUGAGUCUGUGGUGUACUGUCACGGGGGACGAAUCGGCUUCUACCAGGGCGACAUUCGCCUCCUGUCCGAUGACAUGAAGGCUCUUCGGCCGACCAUUUUCCCGGUGGUGCCUCGACUGCUCAACCGCAUGUAUGACAAGAUAUUCAGCCAAGCAAACACCCCGCUGAAGCGCUGGUUGCUCAACUUCGCUGCCAAGAGAAAAGGUGCCGAGCUGAGCAGCGGCAUCAUUCGCAGCGACAGCAUGUGGGACAAAAUCUUCUUCAGUAAGAUCCAGGCCAGCUUGGGAGGAAGACUUAGGAUGAUUAUAACAGGAGCAGCUCCUACCUCACCCACCGUCCUGGGAUUCCUCAGAGCAGCUCUGGGAUGCCAGGUGUAUGAGGCGUACGGCCAGACGGAGUGCACAGCUGGCUGCACCUUCACCACACCUGGAGACUGGACCUCAGGUCACGUCGGUGCUCCUCUGCCAUGUAACCUAAUCAAACUGGUGGAUGUUCCAGAGAAGAACUACUUUGCUUCUAAGGGAGAGGGAGAGGUUUGUGUAAAGGGACCAAACGUGUUUAAGGGCUACCUCAAAGACCCCGAGAGAACGGCUGAGACGCUGGACGCAGACGGCUGGCUCCACACCGGAGACAUCGGCAAAUGGUUACCUAGUGGGACGUUGAAGAUAAUUGACAGGAAAAAGCACAUCUUCAAGUUGGCGCAGGGCGAGUACAUAUCCCCUGAGAAGAUUGAGAACAUCUACAUCAGGAGUCAGCCUGUGGCGCAGCUCUACGUUCAUGGAGACAGUCUGCAGUCAUGCCUGGUGGGAAUUGUGGUCCCUGAUCCUGAAGUUAUGCCCGACUGGGCCAAGAAGAAAGGCAUCCUGGGCACUUACAAGGACCUGUGUAAAAACACGGAAUUAAAAAAGGCCAUCCUUGAAGAUCUGGUACGUCUGGGCAAAGCCAGUGGGCUCCACUCUUUCGAGCAGGUGAAAAACAUCUACGUCCACAAUGAGAUGUUCUCCAUUGAGAAUGGCCUCCUGACUCCCACGCUAAAGGCCAAAAGACCGGAGCUGAAGGAAUUCUUCAAGUCCAGGAUUGAGAGCCUCUAUAGCAGCAUCUCCAUGUAAAGGCCAGCGGACCUCGUUUUCCUUCAAGCACCCUGACACAAAGACCUGCUUUGACCAGUGACCUGCAGUGGGUUAAAGAUGUCUUGUGAGGUCGACAUGCUUUGGGAAAGUAAACCACAAUUGGCCUGACAGUGGAAGAUUUAAAAUGGUUACUUAAAAAAAACAAAUCAACGAAAGGAAAAACACAUUGCACAUUGUCUAUUGUAUUUCCAUCUAACUUAUGCAUUUACCGUCAAAAAUAAAACAAAUUGAAUGGUAAAAUGACAGUUAUUUGACUUAAACUUGUCAUUUUCUUUGUGACAUGAACUCUCAUGCCACACAAAAAUAAGAAAUCCGAACACGGAAAGCAAAGUUGUUUGGAGCGCUCUGGUGUGGCCCAGCAGAGGGAAGCACUGACCUGCAGACUUAAUGCAAAGCAACGUCUCUGGUUUCCACAGGGAGGCGCAACACGGCUCUUUAGUUUGUGACGCAUAACAGAUGCCAAAAUUAUCCACUGUGAUGUCAAAUCACUUUGGAUGAGAAACUCCUUUUAUCAGAUUUUCAUCUCAGCUCACAUAGUAAAUCUGUAAAACAUUUUCCUGUUCCACAAUGUGUAUUGUUACAAGUAUUCCUAACGUUUUGCUUGAUUUGUUUUAAUUUAAGCAUGUUAAUUCUUCCCGGAACUGGUACCUCCUAUUCAUCCAAACAGAUUAUCAUUCAGUUCCAAACAGCAAUCAAACCUUUUGGCACUUAAAACAUCAGCAGACCAUCUAUUUCCCAUUCUUCCCCUCACCCCCCCCCCCC